AUGGUUUCCAUAACCCACGGUGUUAUUAUCAGGAAAUUACUUUGCGGCGGCUCCAUCAUCUCCCGCAGGACUAUUCUCACCGCUGCCCACUGCAUCGUGCCCAUCCGUAGCGGCAACAAUUUUACCCGUAACGCACACGCGACUGUUGGCACCAACCAGUGGUUCAGUGGUGGUCAGAUGUACUCUUACCAGGGAUACGUCGUCCACCCCGAAUACGGCUUUAUGAAGAACGACAUUGGUAUGCUCUACACCACAACCGACAUCGUCUGGAACAACGUCGUCAGGCCUAUCGUUAUUAACUACGAUUGGAUCGGAGAAGGGAUGAACUGCAGGGUUGCUGGAUGGGGCAGAAUCAGGGUAUAA